AUGUCAACCACAUUCCGUAAAGUCGUCAUCCCCAAGUACGGCGAUGCAUCAGUCCUUGAGAUCGUCGAGGCCACCCUCCCUCAGCCUGCUGCAGGAGAGGUGCAGGUUGCACCCAUAUAUGCCGGCUUUUCUGGUGCCGACAUCAACAUGCGACGCGGUGUCUACCCAAGCCAGCAGAAGCCACCGUUGACCCCCGGCUACUGUCUCGUCGGCACUGUCAAGACUAACGGCAGCGGGAGCUCAAAGUUCAAGACUGGCGACACUGUCGCAUGCCUGACCAAGUAUGAUGCUCAGGCUCAGCUGGUCAACCUGCCCGAGAAGCAUCUCAUCCCCGUCCCUGAAGGUUCCGACCUGCAGCAGGUGACGGGCCUCAUUCUCGACUGGUGCACCGCCUACGGCAUGGUUCACCAAGUUGCCAAGGUGAAGAGGGGACAGACCGUUUUCAUCCAUGGCAUCAGUGGCUCUGUUGGCUAUGCCACCAUGAAGCUCGUCCAGCUGCUGGGUGCGACAGCGUACGGUACAGCAUCAGAGAGGAACCACGCCGCUGUCCGGGAGCAGGGCGGCAUCCCCUUUGUCUAUACCGACAAGAACUGGAUCAAGGCCAUGAAGGACACGGGUGGCGUCGACGCCGUCUUUGACUCGAUCGGCUUCGAGAGCUUCCACGAAUCGUACGACAUCCUCAACGAUCACGGCAUUGUCGUCGGCUUCGGCGCCAACAAGUACUCCCUUACCAACGAAGCCCCAGUCCCAGCUACAUGGCCAACUGUCAAAUUCUUGCUGAAGGGCCAAAUUCCCUGGAGGGGGAAGAGAACCGCCUUCUUCCUCAUUAGUCGGGACCAGCCAGACUACCAGCCCAACAUGAAGGCCCUUCUCGAUCUGCUCGGCAAGAGCAAGAUCUCGGUGCCCAUUCGGAAGAUCUGGGAUAUGGAUGACAUUCAAGAAGCCCAUCGUCAGUGGCACAGUGGUUCGGGAGUUGGUGCAGUCAUCAUUCGGAUACCCGAGCUGAAGUAA